AAGGGGUUGCCGCUAUUCGUCGGACGACCGGGAACACCAAAAACGGUAACCCUAUUCCUAACCCUGUCACCGGGAACGACCUGAUGGACUAUGCUCGACAAUUCGCCUCGCUUCAAAAGGGAUGGACGCCGGUCGUGUACAUGGCGUACUUGACCAAAAAGCGGGAUCAAAUCAAGGGUUUCGGGCCUGGUGCCAGCGCCGGCGGGCGACCGUCUUUCGUCGCCGGCUUGAAGGCCAUCACCGUGACGAACUUCCUGGGCAUAGAGGGACCCGUCAUCUUGAUUUCCGAAGCAAGGUGUCUCCCGGCAUGUGGGUCAUCCAAAGGGACAACGGCGCGGGGAAGACGACUCUGUCCGAAAGCAUCCUGUGGUGCUUGAACGGGACGUGUGCGAGGGGCGAUUAUCUCCACGAGAGGAAAGUCGUGAAUCAGGUCAUCCAUGCCCACCCGUCGGUGACGUCCUGCGAGGUCAGCGUCGCUUUCGUCAACGGGUACACCUUUACUAGAACUAGGUCUCUGACCAAGAAGCCGAGGCUGUGGUUUACGUUCCCCGACGGCGCGCACACCGAAAAGGGGAACAUCCAGGUCACCCAGAAGCUGAUCGAAGAGCUCCUGGACGUGGACGCCGACACCUUCCGGAACACCGUGAUGCUGACCUCCAACCAGAGCGUCUCAUUCACCAGCUCCAACGACGCGAGGAGGAAGUUCAUCGACGACCUGUUGGGUUUCGCCGUCCUCGAAGACUACGCCAAAGUCAUGGCGGACGACCUGGCCCAGCUGAAAGCGGAGUUGAAGGUCGUCAAGGGCGCUCUUGCUGAGCUGAGAGGAAAUCAGGUGGCCCAGAUUCCGUAUCAAGAAAGGAAAAUCGCCGAGUUGGAAGGGCACCUGCAGACAGCGAGGUUGGAAGCUGAGAGAGCGACGGAGGAACAGACACGAGAAAUGCGUGAGGGACUCUUGAGAAUUGCGGCAUUGUGGGACAGCCUGAAUAAACAUGCCGCGGCCACGUCAGCUGCAACUACUCCGACAGCGAAUGCAAAAUGUCACGGAGGACCUAGACGCCGCGCAGGUCAUGAAACAAGGGCUCUCCUCUGAGUCCGCCCACUUACGCGCGGAGGAUCUGGAAACAGGACCUUCAGACCUGGAGUCCUCAAAGGCGUCCGAGAACACAAACACCGGGACGAUGUCCGCCGGACAGCCUUUCGCCGCCACCCUGGUCCUCGCUUAGAGAGCGAUUUUGUAGGCCAUCCCUUGUGCCCCCGCUGUGCCCGCCACACCC